AUGGUGCAGGUACGUACAAUAAUGGUGGAUAACAUUGACAAGAUACUUGAGAGGGGUGACAGGAUUGAGCUUCUUGUUGACAAAACAGCAACCAUGCAAGAUAGUGCCUUCCACUUCAGGAAACAAUCAAAGCGCCUUCAUCGAGCUCUAUGGAUGAAAAAUGCCAAGCUAUUGGCCAUGCUGACGUGCUUGAUUGUGUUACUCGUGUAUUUUAUAAUUGCGGCUGCAUGUGGAGGCAUCACUUUACCGUCUUGUCGUCGAUGA